AUACAUGCCUUAAAAUUAAUAUGGAGCUUUUUGGCUAUUAUUAUAAUCCAAGUACUGAUACACAUGAUGUAAAAUCAUUCAACACUCCAUUUAAAGUAAUUUGUAACAGCAGUGCAACAAAGGAUUUAAUAGAAGAAUUUGUAACAGUUAUUGACAAUAAGGCAGAUGAGUUUGCAGAAAAAGAUUCCGGAUGGAUCUUACUUAAUUUUAUUCAUUUGGAAAUUAACAUCAAUAAAUUCAAUCCUUUGAGAGCAUCAUCUUUUAUUGAACUACCUCCUGAAAUAGUACGACGUCAAGCUGUAGUUAACAUAAGAAAUAACGAUGACUACUGCUUCGCAUGGUCCAUAGUUGCAGCUCUUCAUACUCCAACAGGUGUUGACUUUGUUACAUCAUUAUACCCUCAUUAUUCAACGGUUUUGAACACUGCAGAACAAGAUGCGUUAAAUUUAUAUCACACAUUUUUAAAGACUCCUAAGAAAAUGAAUACUCUAACAGAAUUAGAACAAACUACAGAUAACAAUGCUAAAAACUGUCAUAUUUGUGAUAAGCCACUUUUAGGGGAUAAAGUUGCCGAUAAUUGUCACAAAACGGGCAGCUAUAGAGGACCAGCUCAUUCUUUGUGUAAUAUAAACUAUAAAAUUCCUAAUUUUAUUCCAGUUAUAAUGCACAACUUACGAACAAUUUAG